AUGGAACACGCAGAAAGUUGUUCUCCUCCGCUCCGGUCUAGUAGUCAUCAUUCUCAUGGAUCAUCACGGAAUUCUUCUUCAAUUAAAGAGUCAUCAUCUUUUCCUACACGUAGAUUAACACUAGACACCUCUCAAAUUAACACAUUAUCAUCAUCAGAAUAUUCUCCAAGGCAAUCACUAUUACAAAUACUUAACGAAAAAGGAAUCGUUUCUGUACCUCAAAUUGAAACAACAGUACCUAUUGUAAGGAAAUACAUUCAACAAACAACAGAAAAAUUAUUAUCUGAAAUGGAAUUAUUUAUUAAAUUAGCUAACCAAAUUAUUGCUCUUUAUGCAACACUUCAAAAAGAUGAAAACACAUUAAAGACAGCGAGUGAAGAAACACUUAGGAGUAUUAAUAAAAUUUCAGUUCAAGGGUUGAGCGUUGAUUCUUAUUAUAACCAAACAGAAUUUAAAAAUGUUUUAGAUAAUAUCACAGGAUUACAUGAAAUUAUUAAUUGUUGUUAUCAAUUAAUACAAAAUAAUAUAAAUAAUUUAUUUUGCCCUAUUGUUGUUUAUUUAAAUACAAAUGGAGUAGACAAAUUAGUAAAAUUUAUUCAAGAAGUAUUAAGUAUUGAAUCAUUAAUUAAAAAAAUGAAUAAAAAUUCAUUGAUUUGCAAAAAAAUAUAUGAAGAGAAUGAAAAUAAUUCAUUAGAAGAUGUGUUUAUUAAAAUUAUAUCAAUCAUAAAUGUUUAUAUCCCUUUAUUUGAAUCUGACCGUCAAGAUAUUCAAAGAAAAGUUGAAGUACAAGAAAUUUUGAUUCAAUUUAAAGGAACUAAUUCAUCUCAAAGUAUUACAAAUGGUUCUAUAAGUUUAAGUGAUUUAUUAUGGGCUAAAUCUAAUUUAAAAACUUCAAUAAUAUUUAGCUCACAACUAUUACGUAGUAUUGAUUAUUUAGAAUCAUUUUUAAUUCACCAUGAUAUUCUUAAUAUAUUUAAAGCUGCUUGUCAAUACAAUCCUUCAGUAGAAAUUUGGAAUCCUUUAUUUGAACAAUUAACUGAAGAUUCUAUUCUUCAUGCUGGAAUAGCCUUUCUAAAAUUACAAACAAAUGAUAGUAUUUGUAGGUAUCAAAAAUGUUAUUUAUUUUAUACAAUUAUUGGAUUGUUUGUGUUAUUUGCUUACACAGGAAAUAUUUUAAUUCCUUGUGACUUUAUUAAUUCUAAAAGAUUAGUAAAUGCUGACAUAGAAAUUCUUCUACCACAAGAUAAUGCAUUUGCAGCAGAUCUUCAUAUUAUAACAAAAGAUUCAAAUUAUCGUAAAGAAUUUUAUUUUGCUAUUCAACAUGACAGUGAAGUUAUUGAAUGGAGUUCUUUAUUAAAAGAAACACUUUCAUUACUUGAUACAACUACUUUAUGUAAUUUUGAAUUUAGUAAUUGUAUUGCAACUAAAUUAACAAACAGAAAGUUAGUUAUAAAGAAAAAUAAAUAUAUAGGAUCUUCAGUUGAAGAAUUAUUUCAAUUACAACAAUUAAAUUCAUGUAUUGAUAUUGUUCCAGAUGUAUUAAAUAAAUGUAUUAAUGAAAUUAUUAAUAAAGGAUUAACUGAAGAUGGGUUAUUUAGAAAACCACCAGACCAAUACCAAUUAGAAGAAUUAAUGAAAAAAUUAAAUGACAAUGAUUUUAGAAGUAAAAUAAAAUUAAAAGAAUAUCCUACAGGAACAAUUUGUGGAUUAUUAAAAAGUAUAUUAAUGGAAAUGAAUCCAAGAUUUAUUAAUGGAGAAUCAUAUAAAUUAUUUAUUGAAAUAUCUAGAAAGAAAGACCGUGAAGAAAUGAGAAAACAAAUUAUAUUAUUUAUUGAUUCUUUAAAUAUUGAACAUAGAAAUACUCUUGGGAGAUAUUUAUUUUUGAUGAAUGUUAUUGCUAUUAAUCAAAGAUUAAAUAGAAUGAGUGAAUCUAAUUUGUCUACAGCUAUAUGUCAAUGUUUUUUACCACAAAAAGAUAAUGUUGAUUUUGCAUCUGUAGAAAAUGAUUCAUUUGAAUGUUUAAUUAAAAAUUAUGACUUGUUUCUUUCAAAAAAAAUUGAUAGUCCAAUUCAAAUUGGUUCAUUGACUGGUAUUAUUAAAAAACAAAUAACUAUGGAAGGUGUUGGUUCUUUAUUAUUUAUACCACAAAUUAAUGAAAUGUGGUCAAUAGAUAAAAUUGGAAAUGUUAUACAAAUUAAUACAAAUACAUUACAAUCAAAUAUUAGUAAAAUUAACAUAUCACUUCCUGAUAUUAAACAUAUAGGAACAUAUAAAAAUUAUAUUUAUCUUGGAACAACUUCUGUUAUUCAUAUGAUAGAUAUUGAAACUAAACAAAUUGUCAAAAGUUUAGAAACUAAAAGAUGUAGUUUUAUUACUAUUUCAAAUGAAACAUUAUUUAUUGGAGAACAAAAUGGUAUUAUAGAAGUUUAUGACCCUCUUAAAUUAGAUAAAAUUAAUGAAAUAACAAUAAAAAUAGAUAAUAAUUCUUUAAUAACACCUAUCACAUUAAUCGCAUUAUCUCAUGGUAAUAUUUAUGCUUCAUUUCAAGGUAAAAAUGAAAUUUAUGUUAUUUCUUAUUUAACAGGAAAAUUAUUAAAAACAUUUUCUACAUUCCAUUAUAAUUCAAUUGUUUGUCUUACUAUUUGUGAAGAAAAUCAAACUUUAUGGACUGGUGAUUAUAAUGGAAUGGUUUGUGUAUUAGAUUUAGAUACUGGAAUAUUAUUACAAAAAUAUGAAUAUCCUUUAACUUAUGGAAGUGUUACAUCAAUUAUGAAAAUUCCAAAAUAUAUAAUUAUUUCAUUUAUUUCAAGUCAAAUAUUAGUUUUUAAUAAUGAAAAUAAUACAUUAGUUACUUCUUUUUCAACAAAGUACUUAAUUACUUCAAAAACUGCUUAUAUAGUUCAAAGAAAUUAUAAUGGAAAAUUAUUGUGGAAUAUUUGGAUGGAAAAAGAUGACAAUGGAGAUAUUGCAAUAAUAGAUAUGACUUAUCCUAUAGAAAAUAUUCCUACAGACCAACGAUUAAUAUCUUCUUUUUCUUAUCUUGAGAACGAAUAUAUUGAAAAAACACCUUUAGGUCAUUGUUUUCUUUCAAUAAAUUGCGACUCUAAAUGCUCUGUUUGUAGUAGCACAAUUAAAAAUACUGAAGAAGCAUUUAAAUGUUCUAAUUGUAACAAAUAUAUUCACCAACGUUGUUUAGAGAAAUUCUCUAACACUUAUUGUUCAAUUCAUUCACAACUUCAACCAGAAAUUAUCAACAGGUCUAAAUAA